AUGAAGGGGUCAUCCAGAUGGACUAAUAAGAGGAGAGCGAGAGCGAAGAGGAGGAAGACCGUGAGUUGAUCGAAAUCAUGAAAAUAUGAACACUGGCUAAUACUUUUGCCCACUGAUGCCUGAACGUGAUCCCUAGGAUGACGAAGAGAUUCAUGACAAAGAACGCGACGCGAAAAUGGUCGAAAUAGUAUAAAUCGGAGGAACCAAUACUGUAGCGGGACAUGACGUAGGACAGAAGAGUUGGAGACUGAUUUGGAUGCACUCCAGAUGGGCAGAGCUGCCAACGUGCGAAGGUGCAUGAAAGCAUAGAACGGCUACGAUUUGGUAUGAGACCUCUGACGAACUGUGUUUUAGGCUACUACACGCCCAAAGAACUAGCGACCAUUUUCGGAAGCACCGGUGGAACGCCACGCCUCAGACUCCCACUCGUCGUAGCUACGUGAGCUGCUAACUCGGGCAAAGAGAUCCUUCUUUUUUCCCUCUGGCCGAAUCCGCAAGCAGAGAAAAUUGUUUUGUUUUUCGUUUUUCAACAAUAUUCGGAUUCAGGAAAAAGGAUGCCGCCCAAACAAUAUCCGGGAGAUGGGUGUUUCAGCAUUCCCUACUGCUACCGAACAGAGUACAUACAGAGCGGAGAUGGGAGAAAGACCGAUGGGCUCUGCGCAGCUCCCAUACUCUCAUGAGAGAGAUGCCGGCUGCCUUGCGCUACCAGUACUCUAAUGAUUGGAGUUUGAAGAGCCUGGCCUGGUCCGCUACAGUGAGAUCGGUCGGUUGGGAGGUGAGCUGGUGUGCCUCCAUCUCCAUCAGCCUCCCAAACGGCUCGGGACGGUGGCCGCCGAGUCCACUGAUGCCGGUGGUCCCUAGCAAACAGCCGUGGCAACGAGAGAGCAUAUCGCUCUUGGUAGGAAUCCCAUGGAUUUCACAAAAAGAGGGGCAACAGCUCUCUCAUUUGGCCCUGAGCAUAUCGCUCAAGCAAUAGCUUAAAGGAAUCUGUUGAAUCAACGAAAGAUCUUAGAGGACAUAAACAUAGCUCAGCAUGUCAGCAACCGAGCCGAACAGAAACCGACCAGAACCGAGCCUAACCGAAACCUGAUCAGAACUGACCCGAACCGUAACAUGGCCCGCGUCAUCAUUAUCAUUGGCAUAUGGCCCAACAUAAUCAUUUGUCUUGAUCGGUUGUUACAAAAUCGUGCGUAAGAAUUCUUUCUGUGCUGUUAGGGGCAUAGAUUACAAAUGAGAGCGAGAGAGAAACAGAUACAGAGAAAGAGGAUCAUUAAAAUAUCCUAUUCAUUAUAGCGUGGAACGCAAGGCUCCAACUCAAAACUUGAGGGAGAUCAAGAGCGCGGAAGACACGGGGGACAUGCCCCACACGGCCCCAGUAGAAAGCAAUAGAGGAAACACGGUUCCAUGAGGAACGCAUCGCGUAAGAACAGACUACAAUCCAUCUGUUUUAUUUACCCGUGUUCUCUCUUUAUUUCUCAAACCUGCCUGUGACUCUCAAAACUAAAUUCCCGUGACGGUGCUCAGUUUCCUUUAAGGAGCAGUGUCAGUUUGCCUGAUGCUCUGGUAGGGGAAGCCGUUCGUGCAUUCCACGCUGCUCCUGAGAACGGCGUUGGGGUUUCCAGUGCAUGCACGGUUACCCCUGUAGAGGUAGGCGGGCCAGCCGUCGUUGUAGUAGAAGCGGUAGCUUCCGGUGUAGGUGACGUUGCAGCACUGGCGAUCCCAGCAAGGCGUCCACUGCCCGGUGCAGUCGGGGCCUUCGUACAUGUUCAGCUGGCUGGCCUCCGCCGGCGAGGCAUAGAAAACAAGCAGCACAGCCACAGCGGCUGCGGUGGCGAUGAGGAGGUGGCGGGUGGAGGCCAUUGGGGUACGUGAAGAAGCUGUGGAUUCUAGAUGCGAGUGAAGGAAUACUGAAGAUUCUGUUCGGGUUGGGGAUGGUGGGUUGAUGCUUUGGGUAUUUAUAGUGUUUUCCCCGCAGUAGACGUCUCCACAUGAUAUCCGAAUUGCGUGCGGCUUCGUUCAAGCUCUCGGUGAUUGACCAACAGCCCAAUGUUCAAAUUGUUUUUUUAGUCGAUCUGGGUUGAUCGUCGCAUUUACAAGUCCUUUCUUCCGUCUUAUUCGUUCAGAAUCUUUGACUUUGAAGGCUGCGCGGGUGGCUUGACGAUUAUGUUCAUAUCGCGCCCAUUUUGUUGCGGCACAUUAAUAGAAAUGCCAAACAGGGAACCUCCUUUUUGGUGGGCAUUGCAAUGGGUGACUUGGCACCUCCAGUCCUUCAAAUGGGCAAAGAUGUCUGCAAAAUAUCUUCUUGGACCUGCCGCGAAUGAAGACGAGACGGACCUUAGGGUUUAUUUUUUAAUCCCACAACCGUAUGGAUGGCUUGGCAUAGUUUCAUGUGAAACGAAAGUAGGAAUGCUGAAAGAACAAACGUCAGGUCCACCUCGCCGCCGAGAAGGUCAGACAUUGCCAAUUCAAGGCGGACGUCUUCAAACCCGAUUCACCCACACAAGCCUGCUCCGUAAACCAGUUUAAACGUGGCCCGUGGGGCCGAGAGUCGCGAAAUCAAACAAUCUCACUCAGACCUUAAUUGAAGUGGAGAAGAAUGAUAAAAUAAAAGUCUCUAACUAGCUAGAGCCCGUGCCACACUUUCCCACCUCCGAAAUAAUAUCUUGGUUUGACUACAGGAGAUAUCUAAUUGUAGUACUUCUGUAAUUUCCCACAUGGCCGCCACCGGCAGGCUUCUCGUUGCCAUUGCGGCCUCCGUGGCGGUGCUGCUGGUUUGCUCCGUCUUGCCGUUGGAGGCCAGCCAGCUGAACAUGUACUAAGCCCCUAAAAAUAAAUCAUAGAAAAUUGGAAAGAAAGAAGAUCCCUGUAUUGUACCCUCACGUGAGGUGUUUGGAGCCUCUCUGCUGUCUUUCACUGGCAGUAAUUUUGUUCAUAUAUGUCUCCUGAGGAAUUUUGUUCAUGCCUUAUGUGUAUAUUGAGGUUUGUUGUUACUAAAGUUAAUAAUGAAGAUUUUACUGCAUUACAAUAGAAUUUCGAAACAGAGGCAUCUGUUUUUGAAACAGAAAAUUAAACAGUGGUUGUCAGUGAGGAAUCAUUUUUUUUAUUGUAACAAUGAAUUGACAAAGUGAUACAAUAUCAUUACUCAAUUAUAGUACCUUUAAAGUCCACUCCUACUCAAGACUGCAAGUUAAAGGGAGAAGGCAAAAACAGGCAUGAAAGCAGCCCAAGCAAGACUUACUAUAUCCAAAUGACAUAUCUCCUAUCCUCAUGAAAAGACUGAAAAUUAUUCCAUUACUGAUCGCUAAUCAUAGUGGAAUCAUAUGGUGCAGAGUCAAAAUGAAAUUGUGUUAAGGCUAUUAAUGAACUAAUCCAAUAAAUCCGUUCAGAUAAGGUUCUAAUAUUUAUCUCAUUUCUCAUAGUUUUGACCCAGUCAAGUUUAGACCAAAAUACUGUGUACAUGUUUUGGAAAUAACAAGUGAUAUUGUAUUCAUGUUUUGUAGCAAUCUCAUGAAAGAACAUUUUUUAACCUUUAUUCUAUCACUUUAAGGUCCAAUCAAUCAAUAAUCAAUAUGAAUUGAUUAUUAGUCACUAGGAAUUUCUUAUAAGUUAAGAGAUAAUGUCUCUUUAUUCAUUCUCUUACACACCUCCUAAAUAAAUUUUCCAUCAGCCUAGAAAAAUGAAUCAGCAGUCACUUACUCCCCUAGUGUUUUACAUUAAGGUAACUAAAUUAGUAGAAUUUAAGGGUCUCUCCUAUCAUCCAUUUUUAAGCCUAAAAACCAAAAGAGAGAGUGCUUUUGGACUCUUUUCUUUCACUACUAAGAUAAGAUUUCCAUUCUCUUAUUCUCAUGGGUCUUAGUCUCAAAGUUGGCUCUUAUUAUUUAUUUGAUUUAUUUUCUUCCAGCAUUAUUGGUUUUGUCUCGACCAUAGUUAACAUCCAUAGUUUCAGGAAAAAUAAUCUUUUCUUCUUUAGAACCUAUGGAUCAUUCUGAAAACCAUGUAAAUACUAGAGCUAAGGCGUUAGCUCUAUUUCUGUUAGGGAAUAAUUCUUCGAUUUAGGUAUAUGUCAGCAAGUUAAGAAAUCUCAAGCUUUUUAGUGAUCAAGUAACAUCCAGAUAUGAACUGGGCAUAAAGGAAUUGCAGUGACCCCACUUACUCCUUGGUCAUGUUGCCAAAAGAAUUGAAAUACUCUAUUAAUAUUAAAAUUUAAAUAAAUUUAUUAUUUAUAUAGAACGCAUAGUUAAUAUUAUAUAAUAUACCUAACUCUUUAUUUCUAAAUGUGGCAAUUCAUCAACCAUUUCUUUUGUAAUAAAUUUAAAUUGUGAAUUUCAUUGUAUAUAUACGUUUCUAGGAAUGAAUUCCUGUUUUUAAUUUUGCUUGAUCUAGUUGAGAUGAUUUUCUUCAAUUGAUUGUAUUCGACCAUUAACUACACCAUCAACCUAGAACUAAUCAACAAUGUAAUAAUUUAAAUGCGAUAUGCAUGUCUUUUAUUUAAUAAAAAAUCGAACUGAUUUACCAUAAACGAAAUAAUUAUGUACAAAUAAAUAACUGUGAAUAUGGUAGAAGUAGGAUAUUAUUACGGAAAAAAUUAGGAAGUAAAUUAUAUAACAUUAUAAGAUAACAUUCGAAAUAUCAAUUUAUUCAGAAUAAAAUCUACGAAAAGUAUUUUAUCAAUUGUAGUAAUAAAAUAUUUCUAUUCUUUUAGUAUAAGUAAAAUACUACAUAAUAUACUUAAAUCAAUCCCCUUUCAUUCUCAAUUACUUUUAGGUUUUCAAUAAUAAUAAUAAUUAUUUCUACAUGUACAUAAAUGCAAAGAUUCAAGUCUUUCUCAAGAUUAAAGAAAAUUUAGUAACAUCGCAUGUUGAAACAGAUUAUCGUAUUAAACUGGAGAAGUAUAGGAAAGAUUCGGAAAGAGAAUUAUAUAAACUUAAAGCUGAUCAAGAGCCAUAUACACAUAGUUUAACGUAUGUUACACCUAGGCUCACCCAUGUUUAACCUAUGUUGGACUCCUUUAUACUACCCUAGUUCAGGAGCUUGUCCGAAUCUGAUUUUAAUUUUUUUUAUAUCCGAUUAGUUCCGUAUCUCCUAGAAGAGAUACGGAACUAAGACGGUGGGUAGUAUGCAAGAGUUUAUGACAGUGUUCUCGUUAAAAUAUAGUGGAUCAUCUCUUGCCUGUGGUCGGCUUCUUAAACCUUUUUUCAUUAGAUCCUAUUUCUGCACUACUGCGUUUGUCAUGUUUUAAGGAAUAAAAAAUAGUAUGGUAAAGAGAUUAUUAAAAUAAUGCUUAUGUUAUACAGUAAUUUAACUUUACCAUUGACUAAAUGUUAUAUGUAUCUUCCAUUAUUGACUUUACCGUACAAAUUUACCCUGUACGGAGCCACAAAUUUAAUACUGCACUCAUUAGCACAAUCACAGGGGUCCUAUGGUAUUCAAUUACCAUAGGAAAAUUACGUUGGACAGUCUCUAAGAAUUUUGAUAUCAGCAGAGAAUGCUGAAAUUUUCACGGCACAUGAUCGAAGACUGAUAAAAGUUAGGAUCGUUAUAACUAACGCAGGCUGAAAUACUGAUAAAUGUUUCUUCCGUGCGUAAUAAUCUGAUUCGAUGACCCAAUCAUCAUCGAGUAUGUCUAUAAGGGAUUAAAAGGAAAAUACAGAGCGAAAGAGAGAGUGACACAUGCGCGUCGCAUGAGGAUCCACGUAUCAUUGAAGAGACGACUUUUAUCUUCAUUUUUAACUGUAGUAAGCACGAAGCUCAAGGUACACGUCUAUAGCCUCUAACAGUUGAUCAUUAACGUAACAGACUCAAGAGGCAUACAUGCACAAAGUACUGUAAGAGAAAGAUAGCAGAGACACACUCUAGAAUGCUACACGCAUCACGUGGGUAGACAAUACAUGGGUCUCUUUUAUUUCAAGUUGCUAAGAUUUAUUUUCAUGAGCUGGGCAGGACUCUGUCCAAAACUAGUAUCCUACGACGAUGUCACCGCUUUUAAGGAGCAGUGUCAGUUUGCUUGAUGCUCUGGUAGGGGAAGCCGUUCGUGCAGUCCACGCUGCUCCUGAAAACCGCGUCGGGGUUCCCGUUGCACACGCGGUUACCUCUGUAGAUGUAGGCGGGCCAGCCGUCGUUGUAGUAGAAGCGGUAGCUUCCGGUGUAGGUGACGUUGCAGCACGUGCGAUCAAAGCAUGCCGUCCAUCGCCCGGUGCAGCCGGGGCCUUCGUACGUGUUCAGCUGGCUGGCCUCCGACGACAUGGGGAAGAAAACAAGCAUCACAGCCACGGCGGCUGCGGUGGCGACGAGGAGGUGGGAUCUGGGGGCCAUGUGGGAACGUGAAGAAGUAAUGCAAUUAGAAAUCUCCUAUAAUCAAAGGAAAAGAUUGUUGGGAGGUGGGGAAUCGGGGAAAGGGCUGUAGCUAUUUAUAGACAUCUUAUCAUAUUAUUCCUUUCCACGUCAAUUAUUGUCUGAGUUGCAUUCGUUGAUUUCGCAAUUCUUGACCAGACGGGUCAGGUGGAAACUGGUUUCCGGAGUAGGCUCGUGUGGUGAAUUGGGUUUGAAGAGCUCCGCUUGAAUUUGCAAUAUUUGACCUUCUCGGCGGCGAGGUGGACCCGAGGUUUAUUCUUGCAGAAUUCCUGGUUUCGUUUCACAUGAAAUUAUUCCUAGCCGUCCAUAA